AUGUCGUUCAGAUUUCCUCCUCCGCCUCCACCGCCGCCGAAAGCUACAUCCAGCGAGCAACCAUACGCGAGUCAACGAGGUGAUCCUGUCCGAGGAGGCGGUGAUAGAGGUCGCGGGAGAGGCGGCUUCCACAACUCCGGUGGUAAUGCCAGAGGUGGCCAUGGGCAGAAUCGCGGACGGGGAGAUGCGCGCGGCAGAGGGGGUCAACGAGGUUAUCAGAACAACAGGGGCGGCGCAAAUCAUAGAGGAGGGUUCAACGCUGGCAAUAGGCAAAACCAUAUGAAUGCGCCGUCAAACACUGCCGCUGCAAAUGGACACAACAAUCCCCCCUUCGCUGGCGGCGCGCAAGCACACGGCGCGGCACAACAACAAUACGACCCUAAUGCUCUCGCUCAGGUCAUGUCAUAUAUGUCCACACCGUCUGGCGUACAAUCGAUGGCCGCGUAUGCCAAUCACAUGACGAGUACAGGCAACACCUCUGUUCCGCAAUCUCCACAGCCUAAUGAGAAACAAUUGAGUCCUCGAUAUUCGCCUCAGCAGCACGCUGGUCAAAAGAGAAAGUUGAACGAUCGAAACAACCAGGCCCAGUCGCAACCGAACCCACCGCAGUCGAGUUCCAAGCCGCCGAGGGCUAAGGCUGCCGUACCCCCUCAGAUACCCAGCUUCGGCUUUUCCUUACCUACACCGUCUGUAGUACGACCGGACAACAAGAAGCGCAAAGUCAACCUGGGACUCUCGCAACAGCCGGUCCCUGAUGAAAUUAGUGAUGAGGAGGACAUUGAUGAAGAAGCCGCAUACACGGAAAAGCUCAAGGGUGGAGGUUUCGCGUUCGAGCAUAACGGAGAGGCAAUCAGUAUACAGACAGGGGCAGAGGUCGCGGCGUGGAUCAAGGACCGAAGAAAGAACUUUCCUACGGAAAAGAGGGCCAUUGAGAAGGCAGAAGAGGCUGCAAGGAAACGGGCUGCCGAGCUUGAGUUCUUGCGUAGGGUGAGCGGCAAACCACCUAGGGAGCACAACAUCGAUACCGAGAUCCAACAAACAAAACCUCGCGAAAGGAGACAGGACAACAAGGUGAAGAAGGAUGAUGGGGUAAAACAGGACGCCGACAAUCGUCGACAGGAAGAACUCGCAGCGUUACGAAAAAAGCUUCACGAGAGCAUGGUGAAGAAGCAGCCUGCGCCAAACGUAGUAAAUUUGGGCCUAGGGUACGAAAGCGAGACGGACUCCGAUGCGGAGAGUUCAGUCUUGUCAGAAUCAUCUGUGGUAUCAAGCUCGGAAGAGGAGGACGAGUCCGAGUCUGAAUCAGACGAUAACAACGAAGCACCAGAACCUACAUCGUCGAAGAUUGCUCCGCCACCCAUCAGGGUUCCGCCUCCUCCGCAGGCGCCGAAGAAAGCCGAAACGAAGAGCAUGAGCGUAUGUACAAAUUGGAAGCGCAACGGGAAAUGCCCUUAUUUCAGCAAAUGCAAAUAUCAGCAUCCUCCAAGGGAAGAAGAUAAACUGCCGGGACUGUAUGAGCGCAUGGUGGAGCAAGAGCUGGUCAAGGCAGAUCAACUGGCCCUCGACGCGAUCAAGUACCUGGGACAGAAUGGGUUCCUAGGUUGA